CAGCUAAACACUUAAACAGUGGAGAUUGUUACGCGAUGUUUGCUGCUUUGAUUUUGGCAAGUUUCUUACUGAGCAUCUCUGCUGCGGAACAGUUCAUUUGCGGAAUACCUAAAGUUCACAAACGGCCGACUAUCAAAGGGGGCAGUUCCGUCAACAGCGGAGAUUGGCCCUGGCAUUCAGCGGUUUAUCACAAAGAUAGACAUUCAUUCAGAUAUGUUUGUGGCGGAACUCUCAUUAGUGAAGAAUUUGUGAUUACGGCAGCUCACUGUCUGUUUAACGUUGACAACAACCAGCGUUUGAACGGGAACAGAAUUUUCGUACGACUUGGUGUUUACAAUUUGGACGAAAUUAGUGAAGAAACCAAACAAUUCCCAGUUCAAAGGAUACAUAUUUAUGCUAACUUCAGUAGCAGAAAUUUACAGGACGAUAUUGCCAUCUUGGAACUGGCCGAAGUCGUUCGGUUUACAAACUACAUUCUGCCGGCAUGUUUGAGUAUGGAAUCCACAACCUCGCAAGGAACAGUAAUCGGAUGGGGUCUGGUGGAAAAUGACGAAAUUUCCCCGGUCCUUAAGAUAGCGCGUCUUCCUGUUAUCGAUACAUUGAACUGUCUAAUCAGUGACCGAGACUAUUUCGGACAUACGCUUGAUAAUGGAAUGUUUUGUGCUGGUCACAGGAAUGGAACAACGGUCUGUAAUGGGGACAGUGGAGGUGGAUUUUUCGUCAAACAUGGCAGUAGCUGGCACCUGCAAGGGAUUAUCUCUUUCAUAAAGAAGCGUCCUGACCAUUCCAACUUUUGCACCACGGAUAGCUACACCCAAAAUUCAGCCUCUACGCUACAAUUGGUGAUGUGA